AUGGAGUACGAUCCAGACCUUAGAGUCACACUAAUAGGCGCCGGCACGAUUGGCCUGUCCUUCGCUGCAUUCCACCUGUUGCACCUUCAAUCCCCAUCCCAACUAACCAUAUACGACACGCGGCCCAAUCUGAAAACUUACGUCCAAGAAGAUCUGCCCAAAUUCUACGAUAACGAAAAUUCCGUCCCAGUUCCGUCUUCGAAGGUCAAAACAACCCAGUCUCUACCAGAAGCUGUGCGGAACGCCCACAUCAUCCAAGAGUCUAGCCCCGAGAACCUAGGCAUCAAACGAGAGCUGUGGGCUGAAGUGGAAAAAUAUGCACCAAAAGAGGCACUUCUAUGGAGUUCGACAAGCGGCAUUCCAGCAUCCCAACAGAGCGCCAACAUGCAAGACAAGUGCCGCCUCCUAGUAGUUCACCCCUACAAUCCACCGCACAUAAUGCCCUUACUAGAGCUUGUCCCAUCCCCGGAGACCUCACCUCAAGUCAUUAAGCGCACACAAGAUUUCUGGCGAGCUCGAGGCCGAGUCCCAAUUCACCUCAAAAAGGAAAUCACAGGCUUUGUAGCUAAUCGCCUUGCCUUCGUAUUACUGCGCGAAGCCAUUCAUCUCGUCGAUACCGGCGUGGUGUCCGUCUGCGAGCUCGACAAAAUUGUUGAAUCGUCUAUGGGUCCUCGGUGGGCCGUAGCGGGACCAUUUAAGAGUUAUCAUGCCGGUGGCGGUGUGGGUGGGCUAGAAGGAUUCUUCAAUAGCAUUGGAGGAACGGUGCAGGAUUGUUGGACUGGUUCUGGCAAUGUAGAUGGAGGCGAAAGAGGCGUAUGGUGUCGUUGA